GUUAGUGGGUGGGCAGGGUGGGGAGGGGAAGAUACCCAGGAGCCAAUUCCCUAUACUCUGAGCUCACACUUGAGGAUCUGCUAGAGACCUACCCCCUCUUCCUCUCCACUCCUCCUCCCCGCUUCCAGCACUAGCUCUUCCCAUCACCUCCAACUCCUCCAUGACCCGGCUCUGCUUACCCAGGACCAAAGCCCUUGUAGAUCUGAACCCACUCCCUUCCAAGGGCCUAGGUGCUGGGGAGGGAUUGGGAAGUGCAGUCCAUCCAUGUGUGUCCCUCUGGCACCCUAGCCAGGCCCAGCUCCUGGACAGUGUCCUGGGGCUGGGGGCGCUAGGGCUGACAAUUCGAGCAAUCUUUUGCUCGGCUGGCCCAGCCCUGCUGCUGCUGCUGCUACUGGUCAGCUUCCUCACCUUUGACCUGCUCCACAGGCCCUCAGAUCCCACCAUACCGCAACACAGACUUCUCACAAGGGGCCAGAGUCAGGGGGCCGGUGAGGGUCCAGGACAGCAAGUGGCUCCUCUCCUCCCAACGGGGGCAAUCCCGGGACAACUCAGCCUCCAAGACGCACUACUCCUGCUGGGCCUGGGCCUGGGGCUGCUCCUGGGAGCCCGAGGCAUGCCCUUAGCCCUGCUGGGUGUGGCUUUCUGCCUCCAUCCUUGGGCUUGACGGAUCUCCCAAAAUACCGAGUGCCCUCCAAAAAUACACUGGUCAUCCUGCUUC